AUGGACUCUAAAUAUCGUACAUAUGACGCGGCAGUCAUAAAACCAAUCAAAGAGAUCGAAUUUGAUAUUCUUUCAAAUCAUGAGAUUAGAGCAAUGAGUUCUUUAGCCGAUACUCAUGGCGUGGAGUUUCCGGAUCUUUAUGACAAACAGGAACCAAAAAGGGGGGGAUUGAUCGACCAGCGUAUGGGAGGUCAAGGAAAUAAUAUAUGUGCAACAUGUCAACUUGAUGGAAAAUACUGCGAUGGUCAUCCCGCACACAUAGAUCUGGCCGAACCGGUGUUUAAUAUUUUAUAUUAUCAAUAUCUCACAUCUAUUAUCGAAUGCUUUUGCCUUGGAUGUUCGCAUCUAUUAGUAUCAAAAGAGACAGACAAACUAAAACAGGCUUUGGCAAUUAAAUCAAAAAGAAACAGAUUUUUAAGAAUUUAUGAACUUGUAAGCAAAACUAAAUUUUGCAAUAAUGACAAUUGUGGUCUUAGAGUGUCCAAAAUAAGAGUUGAUAUUAAGAAAGCAACAUCUGCAAUUACCGUAUAUGCGGAAACUGAAACCCUUGAUGCAGAUGAUAAAGGUGGGGCUGAUAAAAAAAAACAACGAAUAAUUCUAACUCCUGAAAUUAUAUCAGAAAUGCUCGACAAUAUAUCCGAUGAGGAUUGUAGAAUUAUUGGGAUGGACCCUUCAAGAAGCAGACCAUCUGAUAUGAUCCAUAAAAUUUUCCAUGUCCCACCGGUUCAUGUCAGACCAUCACUAAGAAAUACCGGUGGAUUGUCUGUGGAAGAUUGUUUGACGCAUAAAUUGGCUGAUAUUAUUAAAGCAAAUACACGUAUUAAUAAACAAAAAGAGACAAAUAACGAAAAUUCAAAUAAAUACUCAAAAGAUCAUGCCCAUUUGCUACAGUAUCAUUGCGCCACUUACUAUGAUCCAAAUAUUAUCAGUGUCCCAAAAGCAGACGGUAAAGGCACACAGUUUAAACCUUUAGUCGAUAGAUACAAAGGUAAACCUGGGCGAAUUAGAGGUAAUAUUCAAGGUAAACGCGGGAAUUUUAAUGCCCGAACUGUCAUUACGCCGGAUCAGACGAUUGCAAGCAACCAAAUCGGGGUACCGAUAAAAAUUGCCAUGAAUGUCACAUUUCCGGAGUUUGUAACGGAAUACAACUAUGACAGACUAACGCAAUUGGUGAGAAACGGUCCUGACAAAUAUCCUGGUGCAAACUUUGUGUACAAAACAUCAAACAUGCAAACCACAAAUAAACAAUUGUAUCUUAAACCAAUAAAAGAAACUGUUGUUCUUCAAUACGGCGAUAUUGUUGAAAGACAUCUUCAGGACGGUGAUGUUGUCCUUGUUAAUCGUCAACCCACUUUGCAUAAACAGUCAAUGAUGGGUCAUAGAAUUGUUGUAAUUCACGAUGAGUCGUUGUUGACAUUUAGAUUAUCGCUCAGCGUUACGACUCCUUAUGCAGCUGAUUUUGAUGGUGAUGAGAUGAAUAUUCAUAUACCUCAAAGCAUACAAACACAGAUUGAGCUUGAGGAAAUAACGGAUGUAAAAAAACAAAUUAUAAUGCCUGCCAAAUCAGUCACAAUCUAUGGUCUCGUGCAAGACGGUCUACUCGGAACAUACAACCUUACCGACGACCGAACAAAGAUUAACUGGAGAGACGCAAUGAAUAUCAUGAGCUAUACGACUUUUGAUGAUUUUUCCAAAUUUGAGAAAAACAAGGAAUACACUGGUUCUGAAUUAUUUAGCAUGAUUGUUCCUCCUCGAGUAACAAUGAGGAUUGGUGAAGUGGAUAUUAAAAACGGCGAUCUUGUUAGAGGAAGAGUUAAUAACUCUGUUAUCGGUGCAAAGAAAAAAAACAAUUUGUUGCACUACAUUUGGGACGAGUAUGGUGAAGAUGCAACAAUCAAUUUUAUUGAUAACUGCCAGAAAUUGAGCGAUAAUUUCAACUUGUGGAAUGGUUUUACUGUUAGUGCAAAAGACUCCCAAGUUCCUCUAAAAACUAAAAUCGAAAUCGAAAAAUACAUUGAGGAUGUAAUAAAUAAAGUCAAUAUCGAUAUCACAAAUAUUGAAAAUAACCCCGGGUACAUGAAUGUUGAAAACUUUGAAAGUAAGAUUCGUGAAGAUAUUAAUGUUGUCCGUGACGAUGUUUCUAAAAUCGCAUUAGGAAGUGUCGGCAAGGAUAACAACUUUAAUGUCAUGAUGACUUCUGGUUCUAAAGGCGGUUUAAAUAAUUUGGGGCAGAUGAUCGGUUGUGUCGGAUUUCAGGACUUUGAAGGUGGCUUGAUGCCAAAAAUGUACAAUGACAGAACUCUGUGUUAUUUUCACGAACACGAUGAUCGCGCAAAGAGCCGUGGAUUGUGCUAUAAUUCAUUCAUGGAUGGCCUUAGUUACUCCGAAUUUUGUUAUCAUACAAAAGCAUGUCGAGCCGCUUUAAUUACGACAGUUGUAAAGACAUCAGAUGCCGGUUAUGCUAAUCGUAAAUUAGGCAAGACGAUGGAAGACGUAAUGAUUAAAUACGACGGUACUGCCCGUAUUGCAAACAAUCAAAUUAUUCAACUCAAUUAUGGUGGUAAUAGUAAUGACACAACAAUGCAAUAUGAGUACAAGAUUGGAAUGGUUGAGAUGAAUAACGAAACUCUUGAAAAUAACUUUAAAUUUACAGACAGUGAAUUAAAAGACUAUUCAAACUUCUCGUCACAGGACAAUGACCAAAUGUAUGCAACUAUCAAAAAUUUGCGCGACUCCUUGAGACAUAAUGCUGUUAGAUCUAAAUUAAAUUAUAUGACCAUUGGAAAUUCCUACAUGUUACCUGUUAAUAUUGCUCGUAUCAUAUCAUCACUCUCUAGUUCAAAUUCAAAUUCUAAAUCCAAGCCAAAGUCAAACAAAAAAGUGUCACCAAAAUACAUUAUUGACUCAAUUGAAAAUCUUUUAAGUAUAAAUGAGACACCGUUGGUAAAAGUUCCGAGAUCGAUGUGUCAAAAUAUGCCCAGGCUUGCGAUCGAGGACGACAGUGUUUCUAAAUCAGUAUUUAGGGUAGCUCUUUACGAUGCACUUAGUCCAAAAAUUGUAAACGAAAAACAUAAAAUAUCAAAAGAAAUUUUUGAUUCGAUUAUCGACGAAAUUAAAACUUGUUUUAACGACAAUAUUGUUGAACCGGGUGAAAUGGUUGGAAUAAUUGCGGCUGGUGCUCUCGGAGAGGCUGUCACACAGACAACAAUUAGUACUUUCCACCACUCUGGUAUUGCAUCGUUAACCCAUUCAACGGUAGGCGUGCCGCGCAUCAAUGAAUUAAUUGGCGCAACUAAAAAUCCAAAAACACCCCAGAUGUUCAUUUACCUUAAUAAAUCAAGUAGGAACUCAAGAGAUAUUGCCCAUAGAAUCGCGUCAUAUCUUGAAAAAACAACUUUUGGUAACGUUUAUAAAAAAAUAGAUGUUUAUUAUGAUCCAAAUCCUUCUGCGACAGGUGGUUUUAUGGAAGAAGAUGGAAUGACAGAACCUUUUUAUAGUAGAAAACUAACAAGAAACAGUUGUCAAACAAGCAUAGACAAUCUUCCAUGGCUGUUUAAAGUCCAGAUUGAUAAAGAAAAAAUGCUGGAAAAAAAUGUUACAUUGAUGGACAUUAAAUCGAAAUUUUGCAUGUGGUGGGACAGAAGACAUUUUGAUCGCAGGACUCUUGUUGAUUUUGUCGAAUUGAUUGAAAAGUUUAAACUCAAAGGCAUUGACAGUAUCAAUAGAAUUAAUGCCGUAUCAAAAGAAAGAUAUAUUGAUGCGGCAGACGGUAACAGUAUGAAAAUUGGGGAAGAAUAUGUAAUCUAUACAGCCGGUGUUAAUUUAAAUGAUAUCAGAUAUAUUACGGGUAUUGAUCUUUAUCGUACAUACUCUAAUGACAUAAUCGAGACAUUAAAAACAUUUGGUAUUGAGUUUGCUAGAAACAGAAUUCUUACCGAGUUUUUAAAAGCCUAUGAAAAUGCCGGAAACACAGGUAUUAAUCCUCAACAUAUAUCAAUUUUAGUUGAUAUUAUGUGUUAUGGUGGAACUGUCAUCUCGGCUGAUAGACACGGCAUGAUGAAAGCAAAUAUCGAUCCUCUAACAAAAGCUUCAUUUGAGAAAUCGAUUGAUGUUCUUACAUCAGCUGCAGUAUUUGGGGAUAUUGACAGAAUGCAAGGAGUGUCUUCACGUAUUUAUAUCGGCUCGGUAUUUAAAGGCGGCACUGGAUAUUGUGAAUUAGUUUUAGACACUCAAAUGAUUCAAAAUUCGGAAUAUGUUGAGAAAACCGAAAUGUCUGAAUCCGGAUAUGUUGGUGCAGCAGACAAAGGGUUGGGUACUAGUAAUAAUAUUGCAAUAAAUACAAUUGCAAAUGCCAUAAUAAAUGGUAAAGUUGACGACGAGAUCUUUAUUCCUAUGAAUCCAAAUCAAAAAACGUUAUUUAACGCUGUUAAUUAUGAGAGUCAAAAUCUGGAUCCCCAAAAAGCAUUAUUAAAUGAUGUUAUUAUCCAACACAAAAACAAUAAUGUAGAAAGACUUAUACCUAUUUCUUCAUGUGGGGGAAAAGGGUACUAUGUUAUGACAGAAAUGUUAGGUCCAAAGUCUGUUAUUUAUAAUUUAAAAGAAAUAACCACCGUAACAGGAUUAAAAUACAGGCUUCUUCUCAAGAUAAACUACCUUAUUGUUACACAAAAAACAGUAAAUCUUAAUAUAAGACUCGUAAGAAUAUUGCCCGAAUCUAUCGAUCCUCUUUCCGCGUUAACAAAAAUAAACAUUUUGAGCGUGUUUAACAAUAAUCUUUCCAAUAGUGUUAAUAAGUACAAUUUAUUGGUAAAUAAUAUUGACACAACACGCCUUUCUAAACAACAAGCAAAAGACAACAUAAAAAAACUUCUAAACAUUCCAAUAACAGAUAAAACUAAAAAAUAUCCAAAAAAGACAAAUAAAAAGGCAAAUACACAACCGAAAGGUUUAUAA